UGUCCCUCCGCAGCUUUCGUGUCCAACUCUGCAGUCUGCACACAUCGCCAUUACUCAAAGACACAAUGGCCGUCCCUCCUGCAUACUCAGACUUGGGGAAGUCUGCCAAAGACAUCCUCAACAAGGGCUAUGGUUAUGGAAUUCUCAAGCUGGAUGUGAAGACCAAGUCCCAGAAUGGUGUUGAGUUUGCCACCUCGGGCUCCCGCAACACGGACACGGGCAAGUCGGGCGGCCAUCUGGAGACCAAGUACAAAGUCAGCCAGCUGGGCCUAAGCUUCAACCAGAAAUGGAGCACGGACAACACUCUCGCCACAGAAAUCACCAUGGAAGACCAGCUGGCGAAAGGCUUGAAGCUUGGGCUGGACACCUCGUUUGUACCAAACACAGGCAAAAAGAGCGCGAAACUGAAGACAGCCUACAAGCGCGACUAUGCCAACGUUGGCUGCGACCUGGUGUUCGACAUGGCCGUCCGCAGUCCCACCGUCCACAGCACCGCCGUGCUGGGCUACCAGGGUUGGCUGGCGGGCUACCAGGUGGCGUUCGACACCGCCAAGUCCAAGCUCACCAUGAACAACUUCGCUCUGGGAUACAAGGCCCCCGACUUCCAGCUUCACACCAGCGUCAAUGACGGCACAGAGUUUGCCGGCUCCAUUUACCAAAAGGUGACCAGCAACACGGAAACUGCGGUCCACCUGGCCUGGACGGCCGGAAGCAACAACACACUCUUUGGAUUGGGAGCCAAAUACCAGCUGGAUAAGGACAGCUCUCUUUCUGCCAAAGUCAACAACACAUGCCUCGUCGGAGUAGGAUACACACAAACGCUCAGGCCAGGAAUCAAGCUGACACUCUCAGCGCUCCUCGACGGCAAGAACGUCAACGGCGGCGGACACAAGAUGGGCCUAAGCUUCGAGCUGGAUGUGUAAAGAUGACGAGAAGAAAGUAACGAUACCACAGAAGGAAACAGAAGAAAAUGAAAGAGCCCAAAUGUGACGACACCUCCAAGGUCCAACCAGCAACACUAAAUCACAUCUUCACACACACAGUCCAAGGGCUUGUUUCAAUGCAAUACCAUUUAAAUACUUUGAUAGUUCAACAAUACAAUUUUCAUUUUGCGUUAAAAUAAAGGAGGGAGUUUGUGGCUACUUUAUAUUUAGUGGCUGAAUGGUUCAUAUCCUGGCUCAAAUAUAGGUUCAAGUGAAUUUUUAUUUCUUGAAUGGGUAACUUUAAGCAGGAAAUGACACGAGAAACAUAUGUUUAGAAUUUCUUUCUUCAGCUAAGAUACCCAUUUAGUGUUCACGUUAUCUUAAAAUGUAAGACCGCAUACAUUUAAGAUUAGAAUGUAAAUGCUUUGGCUAUUGAAUUUCAUGUAUUUAACCGUAGAGAACUUUUCAUACUUUUUCUGCCACUUUGCCAAAUUACCAUGUCUAUCAUACACAGUGCAAUAAUAGAUAGAAUGUCAAAAUAUCCAAGUGAGCAAGUGGACCUUGAACUCAUUUUCUCCUCGGCGCCUUCAGUUGCUCAAAGGUUUAUUUUGUGUGUGUGUGUGUGUGUUCUACACCAGUUCAGCCUGGAAACCAUCCACAUUUCACUUGAUCUGCGUGUUGUGCUUUGUAUAAGAACUUCAGUCAACAGUUACAACCUCAGUGAUUUUUUUUUUUAUUUAAUCAGUGGAAUAAAAAAAUAA